CCAUGGCAGCUGCGCUACCGCCCCAGACGCGUCCCGGGUUAAAUCCCCGCCGGCGCCGGAGCCGGAGGAGUUCUUGCUCCGCCUGGGCGCGGAACCAGGCGGGAUGAUGCGGCCGCGCCGCGAGUUCGACCCGAGCUCCGUGUGGGCGCAGCGCCUGCGGCAGCUGGAGCAGCGGUUGCGCACCAAAGAAGAAAGAAUAGUUGUCCUGGAAACUGAAAAUGCUGUUCUUCAUCUAAAACUUGCAGAGUAUCAAGGGUUGGCUGGAAGAAGCACUAAUGAAGUAUUGCAGCUCUAUGCUGCUCAUGGCCAACAGAUGGAAUUUCAGAAGAGUUCUGUUUUAACCCAGCUGCAUGGAGCAAUAAAGAGACUUAAGCAAGACCUGAAGAGCCUUCAUUCAUUUGCUCUUGAGCUUUCAAAAGGCUUUCAACUUGAAAGCAAGACUUGUCUUUACCAAGUUCUGGCAGCAGUCCAGGGGAUACAGCUGCAGAAUGAAGCAAUGCAAAUGUUUCAGAUAAAAGCUUUUGAUCUUGAGCAGUCGCUACAAGAGGUGACAGAGAAAUAUGAGAAUGAAAAGCAGAAGAGGAAGGUUCUACAUAACAGCUUAAUUGAACUGAGAGGAAAUAUCAGAGUCCACUGCAGGAUUCGACCAUUGCUACCUUUUGAUGAUGGUGCUGGACCUUCACAAGACAGGCAAAUAAACUUUUCAGAAAAAGUGGCAUAUGCAGCUGAUGAUGAAACUGUCCUUGUCAAGUGUAGUCGUCCUGGCCAUGUCUCAGUAAACAAGACUUUUCAGUUUGAGAGGUCAGCUACCGAAGCCUGGUCCUGCCAUAGCUGUACUGACCCCAGCUGUAGAUGUGCUUGGAAGAAAUGGCCUCAAGCUGAACUAGGGCUUAGAGUUUACAAUGAACUGGAGUCUCAAGAUGCAGUAUUUGCAGAUGUGUCCCCUUUGCUAACAUCUCUCCUGGAUGGGUACAAUGUGUGUAUCAUGGCUUAUGGGCAAACUGGAAGUGGGAAGACAUACACAAUGCUGGGACCACAGUUAGAGGGGAACUUAGCAUUCGCCAUAGAAGAGGAAUCAGAACUUGGAAUUAUUCCUCGAGCUACGCAAGAAGUGUUCAGGCUCAUUUCAGAAAAGCCACCAGGAAGUUGCUGGGUUGAGGUUUCUGUUGUAGAAGUGUAUAAUAAUGAAAUUUUUGAUCUUCUGGCCAAAGACAGUUGUGGAAAACUGUUUGGCGUCAAGCGUGAUGUUGUCACAACCAGAGAAGGGAAGAGUGAUGUGCCAUUGCUGACACAUGAGACAGUUGAAAAUGCAUCUGAAUUUUUGCAUCUAGUCAACAAAGGCCUACAGCUGAGAGUCACACACCCAACACUGGUGCAUGCUCAUUCCUCUCGUUCUCAUCUGGUAGUGACAUUGACCAUAACCACAGUUGUCUUUGGAGAUAACUUUGGUACUUUAUGGGAAGAUGAACAAACCAGUCAGAGACUAAAUAAAGAGGCUUCCUUCACCUUUCCACAAAAAAUGAAAGACAAUAAAUCCACCUCUUCUUCCAGAGCCUCUUCACCGGUGCAGCUUGAAGCAACUGAGAAAAUGAAGCAAGUCAAAACGAGACUGCAGCUGGUGGACCUGGCUGGGAGCGAGUGUGUCGGUAUGUCUGGAGUGACAGGAGCAGCACUGAGAGAGACUUCCUUCAUUAACCGCAGCCUGUCCGCCCUGGCCGACGUUCUGGGAGCAAUAGCAGAGCAGCGAGCUCACGUCCCAUAUCGGAACAGCAAACUUACACAUCUGCUUCAGGACUCUGUGGGAGGUGAUGCUAAACUGUUGGUGAUGCUGUGCAUCUCUCCUGGCCAAAAGUACUUAACAGAAUCAAUGCAGUCUCUGGGAUUUGGAACUCGUGCUCGGCAAGUUCAGAGAGGACAAGUCAAGAAAAAAAAUUUCCCAGUGCUGAGUAGAGGAAAAUAAAACCUAAGACUCCGGUGGAUUAAAGUAUCAUUAAUGAGUUCCUCAGACUGAAAUGUAUAUUUUUGUCCUUAAGCCAUUCUUUUAGAUAUCAACUGCCAGCUGAAAUAAACAAUCCUCAACAUGGCAUUAAUAAGCAAUAAACCUGCUAAUGAUGUUCUUACUCCAAAGAUAACAGCAAGUAUUAACGACAGCUACCAUGGUGGAAUGGUAGAGAAAUAAACUGGCUUUAAAGAUG